CGGCGGCGGCUCCUGUCGGCCAUGCCCAAGGCCCGGCGGCCGCGGGGCCCCGGCCCCGGCUCUGCCUUACCCUUGGCCGAGCAGAUCCUUCAGGAGGCGGCCCCGCGGCCCACGGCGCGGGGGAAGCGGCGCGGCGGCGGCGAGGAGGAGAAGGAGGAUGACGACGGUUACGUGGACGCCCGGUUGUCCCGGCGCAUCCUGCAGCAGGCCCGGCGGCAGCAGGAGGAGCUGGAGGCCGAGCACGGCCCCGGAGCGCCCGCCGUCCCCUCCAAGAAGCGCAGCACGGCGCUGGGCCCCGUGGGUGGCGGCUCCGGCUCGGAGGGGGAGGAGGAGGAUGAGGAUGAAGAGUGGCCCUCCCUUGAGAAGGCGGCGGCGAUGGCAGCCGGGAGAGGGGAGUACUGCGGGGAGGUGGUGGUGGACCCCGAGGACGAGGCGGCCAUCGAGAUGUUCAUGAACAAGAACCCGCCGCUGAGGUGA